AGUGUGCGUUACCCAGGCAAAAUGUUUUGCUUUAGAGAGAUGAGACUUAAACAAAUAAUUAGUGUAUCAUGAGGAGCAAUUUGUUUACUAAUAGCAAAAUUUGUUUGAAUUGUAGUUUUUAAGUUAUUUAAGAAAAACAAAUUUUGCUGGAGUGACGUUUGAAACGUUACCCAGGCAAAAUCGUCUUUCAAAAAUUAGUUUCAGCACGGAACCAAAUACAUGAAUAGAUAGCUUUUGUUGAGUAGUAAAUGUUUAUAAAUAGCAAAAUUUGUGUGUGGUAUAGUUCUUUAGUUAUUUAAGAUUUUGCUGCGGUAACGUUUUGGGAUUUCCCAGAUCUCGAAAACGGCUCAACGCAGAAGUUUGAAAAAAAUACCAAUAAAAGACCUUAAUUUGUUUAAAUUUGUUUAAUCAUUAGUUUUUGAUUUGGUUGACGUAAACCAAUGUAAUUAAAUGGUUUCAAAAAUCAGAAGAAGCGGGUUUACAUGUAAACCAAUACACUUAUAACCAAAUAAACAGCUGUAAAAAAUACCCGUGGUUCGACGCUUGUUUACAGCAGACAUUUUAGAUUUCAUACUUUACACGUUAAGAAGAUAAAAACAAAUUUGAUUUAUUUUAGACUGGUCGUACUUUAGCGAUCGAAUACGCAGUUCCCAUAACAUUAAGAAACAUGGCAUACUUUAAACAAAUUAAAAUGAUUCAUGAAAAUUCUUUCCUGUUAAUUUCAGCCUUGAAUUACGGCUCUAAUGAAAGUUAUCUCAAAAACAAGAAUAUGUCAGCAAUUCUCUAAUAAGCCGACCAAAUUGAAAAGGUCACGUAAAAGCGACUGCACCGUACGUACGGGUAAUCUUCGCAAAUUAGCAGCUUGGUAACCGAUGUUUUGUACAGUUAAGCAGAAAAACGUUAUUCGUGAAGCCGAUUUUUUAAUAUUUUUUAAGUGCAGUACCAUAUUACACAAUUUUUACUAGUUAAUAAAAGUGUAAUAUCAUAGUGUAUAAUUUAUAGUGUGAUUUAAAACAAUACAAACAUAUAUACAUGUAGCUAUAUUUUUAGUACUUAAUUUGUUGUUUCUGUUAAACCAAAUGUUUUAUUUUGAUACCACAACGCAAAGCCACGCUAAAAACGUUUUAACGUUCUUGAUGCUAGUCAGAGCAGCGCGCAUCGCUGUGUGCAAUGCAACGCAACAGCUAUAUGCCUUGUCUUACUUACUCUUUAGCUGUGAGUAGUUGAGUACGCUCUAUCUAUGGGUACGCUAGCUCCGACCGAACCAAUGAAACAAUCAGUCGUGAACCAAGUGUUUUGGAGAGAAGUGCUUGUGGUUUAUGUGUGUGUGUACGACGACGUCUUUGAACGAUAUGGUUGCGCUUAUGUAUGGUGCGGUCGCUUUUAUGUGACCUUUUCAAUUUGGUCGGCUCAUUAGAGAAUUGCUGACAUAAUCUUGUUUUUGAGAUAACUUUCAUUAGAGCCGUAAUUCAAAGCUGCAAUUAACAGGAAGGAAUUUUCAGGAAUCAUUUUAAUUUGUUUAAAGUAUGCCAUGUUUCUUAAUGUUAUGGGAACUGCGUAUUUGAUCGCUAAAGUACGACCAGUCUAAAAUAAAUCAAAUUUGUUUUUAUCUUCUUAAUGUGUAAAGUAUGAAAUCUAAUAUUUCUGAUGUAAACAAGCGUCGAACCACGGGUAUUUUUUACAGCUGUUUAUUUGGUUAUAAGUGUAUUGGUUUACAUGUAAACCCGCUUCUUCUGAUUUUUGAAACCAUUUAAUUACAUUGGUUUACGUCAACCAAAUCAAAAACUAAUGAUUAAACAAAUUUAAACAAAUUGAGGUCUUUUAUUGGUAUUUUUUUCAAACUUCUGCGUUGAGCCGUUUUCGAGAUCUGGGAAAUCCCAAAACGUUACCGCAGCAAAAUCUUAAAUAACUAAAGAACUAUACCACACACAAAUUUUGCUAUUUAUAAACAUUUACUACGCAACAAAAGCUAUCUAUUCAUGUAUUUGGUUCCGUGCUGAAACUAAUUUUUGAAAGACGAUUUUGCCUGGGUAACGUUUCAAACGUUACUCCAGCAAAAUUUGUUUUUCUUAAAUAACUUAAAAACUACAAUUCAAACAAAUUUUGCUAUUAGUAAACAAAUUGCUCCUCAUGAUACACUAAUUAUUUGUUUAAGUCUCAUCUCUCUAAAGCAAAACAUUUUGCCUGGGUAACGCACACCUAUCACAAUGCGGUAUAUUUUCCUGACUACAAUUUUUAGUGUCGUGUUCGCAUACGAAAAAGAUAUGACUUUUACUGUACAAGCAGGGAAAACAGACUGUUUUUAUCAUAAAGUUCUUAUGAAUGAAAUAAUAGAUUUAGAAUACCAGGUAAUAGAUGCAUCCCAAGGAGAACUGGACAUAUCGUUUCAACUAGCCGAUCCCGUGGGACGGAUCAUAGUGGCAGAUUAUAAGAAGGCGGAAAACGCGCACAGACACACGUCAGUGUUGGAGGGCGACUAUAGAUUCUGCUUUGAUAACACGUUCAGCACUUUUAGUCAGAAAACUGUAUUUUUCGAUCUGAUGAUAGAUACUGAAGAUUCUCAAAGUAAAGAUUAUGAUGAUAAGGAAAUGGAAUUAGGUAACGCAGCAGAAACAUACGUAAUGCGUGUACGGGAUAUAUCCGAUUCGGUCACAAAACUCAAAGACAACGUGUCAACAGCGAGACGCUUGCAAGAGUUGCUGUCUGCGCACGAAGCAAGGGACCGGAACUUGGCAGAGGACAUGUGUGAUAGAGUGUUAAAAUGGUCGAUAGUACAAAUAUUUUUAAUGAGCGUUAUUGGAGUUAUACAGGUAUUCUUCGUAAAGAGUCUCUUCGAAGACCCAAGCAAUAGGGGUUUCAAGAAAUUAGUUCCUAAUCUAAUGUCACAGUGAUAUUUAUUAUUUACCAAAGAUUAAUUUAGUUCACAAAUAAUCACAAUUAUUAUGAUUUUUUCUUUGUUUUGUAAGUAUAUUUUUUUUUGUAAUAGUAAUUUAAAAAUAGUCAUGACGUUUGUUCAAGUCAUAUUAUAGUACCUAUAAAUCAUUGUAAGAACAAGUUAAACAAAUAAUUGAAUGAUAGAAAAACAAAGAGAUUUUGAUCAGUUGUUCUGAAUGAAAAAUAAUAUUGAAUUAAAUAUGGAAAAGAGAGAUUAACAUUUUUUUCAAAAUGUAAACACUAGUCAGUGUAUUUUUUGCGAGAAAAUAUUCUAAGGGCAUUUUAUUACGUGUUGCUAACUUUGUUAUAUUAAUAAAUACACAAUUAACAAAGUGCUCAAAGGAAAAUCUGAAUUUCCAAACUAUGUAGUAAGUAUGUAAAAGUAAAAAGCGUUACAAUCUAAAACAUAGGUGGAGAGGUCAUACGUAAAUUUUAUAACACAAGUAGUUUUCAAUUCAUGGAGUAUGUAUAGAGUCUGGCCAGCCAAAGCUGAACCCAGUAAAGGGCGGCAAAUUUAAAAAAUAUGGACCUGGUAACAUCGGCUUACUUAGGAAAAAAAAAUUUUGAUACUUUUGAUAUUCUUAGAGGUGAUCAUAGUAUAUGGGUACAUUAGGUACACACCAAAUCAGGAUUUAAAAGUUAUUAAAGGAUGUGGUAGCCCUGUCAAUAAAACAUUUGACUUACAUUAUUUUUUUUGUAUUUACUGAUCAUUGUAACUCUUUGUAUUCACUAAUCAUUUUAAAUAAAAGCUGCCGCACAGCAUUCUCUAUAGUUUUACCCUUAAUUCAACACUUAAACCAAGAAAUUCGCAAAUCCUUGCCAAAUGCAUUUACCAAGCAAUAUUGAAAAUACGUAAGAAGAAUUAAUGUUUUAUACAAACUAUUGAUUUCUGAAUACGCACAUUUUUUGUUUGUAAAUAAAUGAUGUGAGAUA